AUGUCUGAAAUAAAUGAUAUUAAUAACUCGGUAAGGAUUUUGAGUGAUAGCUCGGAAUGGACUUUUUUUGCAGAAGGUGCGGCCAAUAUUAUUUACAAAUAUAUAGGCUCAGAGCCUUGCUAUAAAGGGAAGCUGCUUCGACUUCGCAAGGAUAUUCCAGGAAACCCCACGACUCUUGAAGUUUGGGAGUUUUUACAGAAGGAUGUUUUGCCAAUCAUUGGUGAUUAUUAUGUUGGCAUGGAUCUUGUGAAAAUUAAUUCAGACUUUGUUAACGGAAUGCUCAAUAAAACUGCAACAGAAGGCCAGCGUCUAGAUGCGCCUGUGAGCAAUAAAGAAACACAUGCUUUUGUUAUGGAGAAUGUUUUAAAUGGUGAUUCUGAUGGGUUAGAAUAUUCCAAGGGAAAAAUUAAGGGUGGAAUCGAGUAUUUUCUUGGAUAUGAUGGAAACAAGCAACUUAAAGAAGUAGUUUUUGAAUUUAAGCCCAAAUGGCUAUUGCCUUCUCCGACGACCACUUCAGAAAAACACAAACAUGAGUUCAAGGUCACUGGAGAGGUGAUUCGGUGCCGGACUUGUUCCCUUAGCUACCAGCGGGACAAGCCAGUAGUCUUGUGUCCAUUGGAUUUAGUGUCAGAUGAUUACGCUGUAUUGGAAAAUGCCAUUAAAUCUAGCUUUGGCAAAAUUAAUAAGGCUGAUUUUGGAUCUGGAAAAAAUGGUACCAGCGAUAUCGCUGAGUUUGUCUUGGCACCAAAUGAAUUGACUACUGUUCUGGCAAAGGCUCUUUACAAAAAUCCUCUUUUGACACAACUUCAAAAGCUACAAAGUCUCGACACUCGAGGCAUUCUUGACUACGGUCCAAGCUCUGAUAUUGGGGAUAAGAAUGAGGAGGAAGAGAAGGAAUUUGACAUGGGAUUUUUGAUUGCCACUGCGGCUCGCGAUUGCACCCUGUUCGUUGCAAUUAGCGAGGAGGACGGUUCAAACGAGGCUAAACCUACUGAAACUGAUACUUUUACCGUGACUCUUGGUAAUAGAUUGUACAAGGCUAAAUUCACAGUCACGGAUGUUGAUAUUAAGCACCCGAGCAAAGCAAAACGAGCAUACUGGACUAAUAUCGAACGUACACUAGUUGAUGGUGGUUGGUAUGAAAGUGAAAAGUAUCCUCUAUGCAAUUAUUAUAAAUCAAAAUAA